AUGGAACCACACAAUAUCAAGAAGUCGGUGACGAAGGAACCUUUAUCAAAAUUUAGUGGUAAUGAAGAUGAGUCAAAUCUACCAGAAAGCCAAGCAUGUUCCCCUGACUUGGAAAAUGGAGUUUUGGAUGUCAACAAAGCACUCUUCCCAGGCGACACAGUCAAUGGAAGUUGUAACGAGGGUUACAUAGCUAUAUCCGGAGAAAUACUUGCGACAUGCUCAGUGUUGACGAAUGUUGCUGUCGGUAAACCCGCAGUACAAUCUUCCACCUUUCAAACUGAUGAUGCUGCAAAAGCCGUGGAUGGCGAUAGAGGAACGGAUAUCAUCGAAAACACCUGCUCCCACACGGACAUAGGGGACGAUUACCCGUGGUGGAGGGUUGACCUUCUGGAUAAUUAUUACAUCCUAACUGUUAGAAUUGUCAACCGGGGCAUGGACAUGUACGGAAUAGAUGAGUCGGCCAGGCUUAAGGAUGUAACAGUCAACACAGGAGUGACACUGUCAGAUAUCACCAAAUUCUGUGGUUUCUUUGCUGGACCAGGAGGACUGUCUCAACUAGUGACCAUCAACUGUCCACAGUACACAAUGGGAAGAUACGUACAAAUCUCACUGGUGACUCCGUAUCUAACCCUCUGUGAAGUAGAUGUAUUUGUUGUGGGUAUCUAG